AUGGCCACACUUGAUGUCAGGGACCUCAAUGAAGACAUGACUAUAUCGACCAUGAAGAGGGAUAUGAGGGGAUCCAGGUUCACCUACUUUUUGGAUAAAACUCUCUUCCAGACUUAUACUGAACUUCUCAAAUGCGUGUAUAAGUACAUCCAUGCGGAUGAGGCUGCUUCUGACCGAUACCAGACAGAAGCCGUGGCUACAAUCCGCCCUCCGGCGACGCCUUCACCCUCCUGUCCCUUCCGCUGGCCGGAAUCUCUUCACCGCCAUUCCGGCCUGCCCCUCUCUCGCCAACUCCUUGGAACCCUCCUCAGCCCGGCCCCCUUGCCCCUUGCUGCCGGUCACACAAACCGCGCCGGCCGUCGACACUCCGAGGUUUUCCCAGAAGAGGAAGCAGUCGGCGGAGGAGUUGGCCGGAAAAAGUGUGAGCAGAAUCUAGCACCGUCAAUCACGCGAACCCCGCCGGACUCCGACAUCCCGAGGUUAUACGAGAAGAGGAAACAGUCGACAGAGGGGUCGGCCGGAAAAAGAGCCCCACAACAAUCCUUUCUUGUGCAAACCCCCCCAACCCCAAAAGCAGCAGCAGCCGUCGAUCUUCCAGACCCCCCAACAAAUGGCCUUCUCCUUCUCUACCCCUCAACCCCAACAGCAGCAGCAGCCGUCGAUCUUCCAGACCCCCCAACCCAACAGCAGCAGCAGCCGUCGAUAUUCCAGACCCCCCAACCUCAGCAGCAGCAGCAGCAGCAGCCGUCGAUCUUCCAAACCCCACAACCCCAGCAGCAGCAGCAAUUCUCGCCGUUCCCUUCGUUUGGUCAGCAGCCGCAGCAGCAGAACGUCCAGUUCCAGCAGCAGCAAGCUGCGGCGAUGCCGUCACAGCAGUUGUUGCUCUUCACAGUCGAUCGGUCACCAGCAGGGUAUAAUACCAAGUGGGAGGAUUUGCAUCCUGAUUCGCAGAAGCUUCUGCUACAGAUCGAGGAGCGGAUUCUGGAGUACAAGUAUGAGAGCCAGAAAUUGGACCAAUGUAGCCGACUUUAUGAUUCAUCAGUGUCAAGUGACAGUUUUGAGAUUGACGCGAGCCGUAUUCUUCAGGAACUUGGAGGAAUCACUACUGCAAUUGAAAGAGAGAAGGUCUCAGUGCAAGAACUGAUGAAGAAUGUGAAUGAUAUGAUGUGGCAUACUGAGUUUGCUGUCCGUUCAUAUGUGAUGCUUAGGCCAAGGUUCCUUCGUCAAAAUGUCCCAGCUGCUUCAGGUGUCAGUCCAGCAAGUCAGACUGUUAGUGUGGCAGUAACUUCUGGCCAAACUAAUCAACUGAUGACGAGCUCGAUAUCACCAAGUUUCGAAUUCUACAGUGGGAUUCCUAAAAGGCCUUCUCUAUUCAUGCAACAUACUGCUGCCAGAUUUGAGAAGUAUCUCACUGAGUGUUGCCAGUGGAUUGAAGAACUAGAGCAGGUGCUCCUGAUGGAUACUGACAAAACCUCUUCAAACUCUUUAGAAGCUCUUCCAAAAGUUAUGUCAAAUGUGCAUGAUUACUUCAUCCAUGUUGCUGCCAAGGUUGAGAGCCUCCAUCAGUAUAUUGAGUCUAUGAAGAUGGCAUAUCUUGCUGAUCAGCGUCGUCGGGGUGAUGGUAACGAUCCAUUUAUUGAGGCCAGCAGAAGGGAAGCAGCUAAACAAGAAGCUGCUGCCAGAAGAGUUCAUCCAACAUUGCAUUUACCUGCAAAUUCUGCACAACCAGCAACCCAAGCUGCUGGUAUAUUUGCCAGCUCAGCAGCUUCCACAUCAAGUGCAGCACAGCUGUCUUCAGGGACUACUGCAUCAUCCAGUGGUGGAUUUUCUACUUCUACCGUGCUAUCGGCUCCUUCUACCUCUGCUUCAUCUUCUUUUCUCUUUCCAACUCCAACAGCAUCUGUUCCAUCAUCUACCCUGUUUGGCUCGUCUGGGUUUACACCUCAAUCAACUCCAUUUGGGACUGCCUCUACACCUUUAUUUGGGUCCACUCCGACUCCAUCAGGGUUUGGAACUAGUACCCCAUCUUUCACAUCGACUCCUGCCAUGGGUAGCUUUUCACUGUUCGGCACCCCAUCACUUGGCACAGGAGCCACAACUGGUUCGGGUGCUAGCUUUGGUGCUGCAUCUAAGUCAGCCAGGCCUAAGUCUCGUACAACCAGGCGCUGAUCAAUCUGGUAAGGUGUCUGAUCUUAAAACCUUGUUGAAAAAUUUUUCGGACCUUAGCAGAUUAUGCAUGACAUUGAGAUGAUUAUUGUACCAAGUAGAUGUGCACCAGUUAUUCUUGAUAGGUUCUAGGAUCAAACUUGUGAGUAACCUUAUGUUAGUGCCACCUAAACCUUUUUUCCCCGGAAACGAGGUUGCACGAUAACAAUGUAUGUAUUUGCUGCAGGUGUCAUAAAACAAUAUUAAUUUCUUUAAUACUUGUCAUAAGACAACGUUAGUACUUUUUAA